AUGCUAUCUAUCUAUCUAUCUAUCUAUCUAUCUAUCUAUCUCCGCUAUGAAUAUCUAUCUAUCCAACUAUCUCAGGCUAUGAAUAUCUAUCUAUCUAUCUAUCUAUCUAUCUAUCUAUCUAUUAUCUAUGAAUAUCUAUCUAUCUAUCUAUCUAUCUCCGUCUUUUCAUAUCCAUAUAUCUAUCUCUCUAGUAGCUUUUCAAGCCGUCUUUUCAAAUCUAUCUAUCUAUCUAUCUAUCUAUCUAUCUAUCUAUCUAUCUAUCUAUCUAUCUAUCUCAGCCUGUUCAUUAUCUAUCUAUCUAUACUUGUCUGUUCUUAUUAUCUAUCUAUCUAUCUAUCUAUCUAUCUAUCUAUCUAUCUAUCUAUCUCAAUACUUUUUAUAUCUAUCUAUCUAUCUAUCUAUCUAUCUAUCUAUCUAUCUGCUUAUGUUCAUAUAUAUAUCUAUCAAUCUAUCUCUACACCGCAUAUCUCCAUCUUUUCACAUCUAUCUAUCUAUCUAUCUAUCUAUCUAUCUAUCUAUCUAUCUAUCUAUCUAUCUAUUUUGGCAUUAUUCUAUGUUCAUCUUUCUUUUCUUUAUUGUCCUGAUUGGCCUUUGUAA